AUUUUUGUCAUUUUUGUCAUUUUUGUCAUUUUUGUCAUUUUUGUCAUUUUUGUCAUUUUUGUCAUCUUUUGUCAUCUUUUUUCAUUUUUGUUAUUUUUGUCAUUUUUGUCAGUAUUGUCAUUGUUUUUUUUUUGUCACCCAAUAAUGCACGUUAAUCCACGUUGAAGUCGAACAUUAGAAAUCAAAUCGUUCAACAAAUUAUCGGCAUUGCCUACAAACUCGACACAACCAUCCAGUGGAUACCAAGUCAUGUAUCCCUGGAGGGUAACGAUAUCGCGGACGCUCUGGCAAAGGCUGGCACAACUUCCACAGAAAUCUUCAAAAAUGGUCUCUUCAUGAAGGAUGCUCUGAACUAUUUCAAACAAGAGAAAUUAGAAUCAACCAGAACAUGGUAUCUAAAUUACUCAGAAAGAGAAGGACAGCCUGGCAAAUUCUUCCAGGCUACACAACAAAGCUUCGAGGAAACCCCUUGGUACUCAAAGAAAAAACUUACCAGCUGGGAAAUAAGAACCUUAAACCGUAUUCUAGCGGGCCACAGCUACUCCAAAUAUUGGCUUGCCAAGUGGAAAAUUGUAGACGAUCCGAACUGCGAUGUUUGCCUGACACCGGAAACGGCAGAACAUACCAUUCUCUACUGUACAAAAUACAACAGUAACAGAACAAAAUAUUCUUUUGGACACAAAUUUCAAACACUGAUUGAAUUAUGCAAAACAAACGAAAUAUCCAUCUACCAAGAAGUGACCAAUUUCCUGCGGGACAUAAAAUCGGAAUUAUAAUAACCACCCGACUGCGAGGUGGAAUUCAACAUUAUAGACUUGCUGGGUAUAUGGUCAAUGCUACCGGUCCCAUACUAAGUUGAUUGAAAAUCAAUCAACAAUCAGAAAGAAGAAGAAGAAGAAUGCAGUUUACGAACGCUAAUUACUGGAACGGGUUCUACUUCGGCUCGGCUGUGCCGAUACGGAUGAGCAGUUGCAGAACACCGUGACCAAGUUCCUGACGCCGGUACUGAUCAAGAUUACGUCACCGCACGAAGCGGUCCGCAAGAAGGUCAUGGAAAUCCUGACCCACAUCAACAAACGGCUCAAGUCCCGGAACCAGAUUCAGCUUCCGCUCGGGCCCCUGCUGCAGCAGUAUCAGCAAUCUAACUCGUCGUUCUUGAUAAAUUUCGCAAUAAUUUACAUCACGAUGGGCUUUCCACGGUUAACCAUUCAGGAGCAAACGGAGUUGGCUCCCUCCCUGAUGAAUUGCUUGGAGGGAAAGCCUGAACCACAUCAGGACAAGAUUCUGAUGCUAGUUCUACCGCUGCUGGGGGAAAUUAAGAUUCCGGACAAUCCGGAAAAUCGUUCGGAGCUGCUCGGUCUUUCCGGCAAACCGCACAGCAAGCAACAGUUGCUGUCGAUUCUGAUGGAUGUUUUGCUGUUACCUUACGGAACGACACAGGACGGUGUUGUUCCACCGGGUAUGAGCAAUUACUCCUUCAAGCGUGUAACCAGCGAACAUCUGAAAGCCGAAGAGCUGGAACAGCUCAAGAAGGGAAUCGUUCGGUUUUUGUGCGGUGGCAUUUUUCCGGAACCGGAAAUUCUUUCCCAUCUGAUUGUCGCUUCCGCAGACACUCGGUUUUCAGUUGCCACCCCUGCAAUUGUUGAGCUCAACAAAAUAACCUCAUCUCUCGAUUGGGCAGAUCCAAAGCUUUCGGCUCCGUUGUACGUUUUGUUUUCCGGAAACGGUUCCAAGAUUCCGGAUCGGAAAACGACACCGGUAUGUACCCGGGUACGGCAGAAGCUGCUGCAACAUCUGCUGAAGUGUCGUGGCAACGGAAUCAUCACGGCCAAGGGUAUUCAGGUUAUUUUCGAGUCGCUGUUCGGCGAAGUGACCAAUCAAAAGUGCAAGGUUCUUGCGCUGCAGUUUGCCGAUAAGUUGAUCACCAAUGGCCAACCAGACUUGAUCAACAAGCUCUCGAAGGUGCUGCUAACGGGGAUCUCAAAACUGAUAGGUCCAACCUCGGAGGAGGUAAACGAAGUUCAGAAUGCUGCCUACAACGCGAUGGCUCAGUUGGCGAUCGUUUGUCCUACAACGGUCAAUCAAGACAUGCAGCUGGUUGCUGGCUAUUUCGAUCAUCUUUCCCAGGCUCCCGUUGAGUUGCAUUCGUCAAUUCGGGAAGCCCUCGUUGCCCUAGCACAGGCUUUCGAUUGGAAGAAGCAACCCAAGGCUCAAUCUUCGGGUAGUGAAAGUCCGAUGGCUACGGACGAUCUCACCGCCAAAGGAAGAUUUGUUCCGAAUUCGAAUCAGUUGUUGCUUCUGGGAUUACUUGGAGAGAAGGCCGAAUCGAAGUUGACCAUUGUACAGAAUGUUGCUUCGGUGUUUUUGACUACUUGCUUCCCGGAUUACUACGUUCCGUCUCGAUACUUGCUGUUGAUUAUUUGCGGGGAAAGUUCUCAGUUGAGGGAGAUGAUGACCACUUAUUUGUACGGAGUCUCGCGGAAGGAUCACAUCAAUUACGGAGCCAUCGUUUCGGUGGAAGAUUUCCAAGAAUUGGCCGAGGAUAAAGAGGCGAAAAACCCGUUUUCGGCUACCAACGAACCUCGAAGGAUUGUUCUUCCUUGUUUCCGCGAUAUGAUGGAGUACGUGGCUAUGAAAUCUGAACGAAAAACGGCUACAAUUCUUGACCGACCUGGAUACGGGAAAGUUAAACUGCCAUAUAACUUCGAUACUUAUAUUGAGAUCCUAGAUUAUCUGAGGAUUUGCUUACUAUUCAACGCUGGUGUCAACACUCAUCCGGACGAUGACAAGGAAGUACUGAAGUUGGCAGCAUUUUUGAAGAAAUUCGCCGUGGAAACUGGUAAUCGAGACAUCCUUAAGAAAUACAACGAACUCAUCAGGAAGUUGAUAAUAGGUCGAAAAGGAUUUGUAGAACUAACUUGUAUGUAUGAUCUGGUCAAUGGAGUUCCAGAAGUUUUGGCUUCUGAAAACAAGGACCUACUGAGCACUUUAGGUUCUUCACUCAAAGAGAUAUCUGAGCCCACCAGAGCUCUCAUUGCCAAGGUCUAUGGAAUUCUGCUGGCAUACAACAGUAACGAACAAGAGCUAGAAACUCAAAUUAAAGAACUUCUAUCCCUAAGCAAUAAAUCCCUCGAAAACAGACACGGAUCAAUCCUAGCAGCGGCAAAUGCUGUUCAUCGAAAGCUUAUCAUAACCCCGGCACUUCAAGAGUGGCAAAUCUUCAAAGACCUCGUACAAUUACUAAUCACCUUGCUAGACGAUUCACAAUCCUUGCUCCAAUCGGCUUCGAUCAAAUCUCUCAGCUUGAUCGGUUCCAGUACGAAACUUCCCCUAAAGGGAGACGAUUCAACCGAUCAGACCAAAAUGGAAACCGAUCAGCAAGAAUCGGCAUCGACCAAGGCUUCCCUGUUCAAAAAGCUGAUGACUUUACUUCAGAGUGGUCACACGAAGGCAAAGAUUCGUGAAGACGUUGCCCACUGUCUCGGAUAUUUAGCUGUGGGAGACAAAGAAUUUUACGCCAACCGUUUGCUGGAAGGAUUCCUCGGUCUUCUAAAAAUGACAAAAGACCCAGCUCUGCAUAUCGCAAUGGGCCAAGCGAUCGUUUACACCUUGCAAGGUUUAUCCACUGGAGAGAGAGUUGCCGAUCUGGAUUCCCAGGGCAACAUCGAUGACGAAAAGCUGACGUGGUUCGUGAUUGAACUGGUCAAGAAGGUUAAUGAACCACAUGCUUACCUCAAACAGGCUUGUGCCAUUUGGCUUCUGGCCAUUGUUAAAAACUGCAAUAAGCGAAAGCCUAUUAUCGAUAAUCGACAGAUUUUGCAGUUGGCCCUGACCGAUUUGCUUUCUGAGGAUAACGAACUGGUUCAAGAUGUUGCAUCCCGUGGUUUGGGUAUCGUUUUCUCCAUUUCCAGCAACGACAACCAGGAGGAACUGUCCAACUUAUUGCUUGAUCAACUGAUCGGUGGCAGGCGUCAGGUGCAGAAAGUUACAGCCGAUACCAAACUGUUCGAGGAGGGUGUUUUGGGGAAAGCUCCCACAGGCGGCAACUUAACCACCUACAAGGAACUCUGCAGCCUGGCCUCGGAUCUGAAUCAACCGGAGAUGAUCUACCAGUUUAUGCAGCUGGCCAAUCACAAUGCAACCUGGAACAGUAAGCUGGGUGCCGCCUUUGGCCUUCAAUCGAUUUCCAAGUCCGCGAAACUCAAAAUGGAACCCUACCUUGGCAAAAUUGUCCCAAGGCUGUUCCGUUAUAAAUACGAUCCGACCCCGAAAAUUCAGAAUUCGAUGAUUUCCAUCUGGGAUUCCGUAGUCAGUGAUUCGAAGGCAACGGUUGAACUGUAUUAUUGGGACAUUUUGGAUGAUGUUAGUAAGAACUUGACUUCAUCGGAGUGGCGAACGAGAAUCGCUUGCUGCCUGGCUGUGAGAGAUCUGAUUAAGCGAACCAGUGGACUGAAGUUGCGAUCAGAUGAAUUACGGAAGGAUGGAAGCGAGCCAAUGGAAGUGGAGGUGCCGGAACCUGAGCUAGCUUAUCUUUGGAGUCAACUGUUAAGGGUGAUGGAUGAUAUUCACGAGGGCACGAGACUGGCUGCGGAAGGGACUGCCAGUGCUUUGAGUAAAGUUUGCGUCGUAGCAGCUUCCAGUGAGAGAAGUAAAUCUGGGUUGAAUGUUGCCAGCUCAAUUAUCCCGUUGUUUUUGGAAAAAGGUGUGACGAAUACCGUUCCGGAGAUCCGAAAGCUAAGUAUUAAGACCUUAUCGGAUUUGAUCGAUUCGGCUGGGUCGUUGAUUAUGCCACAUUUGAUUAGCUUGGUCCCCUGUUUACUACAAGCAACUGGAGAGUUGGAUUCUGCCAAGUUAUCGUAUCUAUCGAACAUGAUGGCUGGACAAUCGGGAGGUACUCAAGAAGUCGUUGAUUCUAUGAGGGCGGAAGCUGCAAAACAGCACUACACCAUGGAAACUUUGUCCAAGUGUAUUCGACAUAUUGAUUACCCGACCUUGGAGAAAAUGACUCCAGCUGUUCUGGAUGUUUUAAAGACGUCGGUAAUUUUGGGAACAAAAGUAGCUUGCGCUCACUUUAUUUGCUUGAUCAGUAUUCAGCUGGGAGCGGAAAUGCAACCACUCACAAGUAAAUAUCUGGGAGCAUGUUUCACCGGGCUUUCGGAUCGAAACGCCACCGUUAGGAAGUAUUUUGCCUCGGCCAUCGGUCACCUCAUUGGGGCAGCCAAGGAACAGUCCAUCGUGCGUCUUUUCGCGAAACUACAGGAGUUUUAUUUCGAGCAGCAGUCCAACAAAGCUGUACCGUGGACUAUUCAAGCGAUCAACAAACGUCACCAGGAAGUUCUAAAGGAUUAUUCCGGCAACGUUAUGCCAUUGAUGUUUUUCGCAAUGCAUGAAGAGUCGACGGAGGAUACGAAGUCUACCCUUGAGCUGUGGCAGGAUUUGUGGCACGAUAUCAAUACUGGCGAUGCUGGUCUAAGGAUGAAUCUUACGGCUAUCCUAGAAAUUCUAGAGUCUAAGCUAAAUGACCCUUCGUGGUUGCUGAAGGCCCAAGCUGGUAACGCAAUCAACACCUUAGCCACUAAGCUUAGUUCUAACCUGGAAGAUCCGGUGCGUUUGAAGUUGAUUGAACUGGUUCUUAGUAACGUUUCCGGUAGGACAUUCCAAGGAAAGGAAAAACUUCUUCAAGCUCUCGCCAGUUUGUGUAAGAAUCUGAAAAAAGACACCAAUCACUACGUGCAGAUUAUUGACGCCCUGAUGAAGGAAUGCCGCAAGGAAGAACCUGUCUACCGAACUCAUGCUCUGAAAGCGCUUGGCAACGCAUUGGAAGAAUUGAAAGAAGAUCGAUUCGAGGAAGUUUACAACAUGGUUUGGUAUCUGUUGGACAAACAAGACCUUUCCGAUGGCGACAAAGACGGUGAAAAAGAAGUGCUAACGUCCGACGAAAAGAACAAGCAGAUGCUCAUUUUUGUCAACCUGAAGGAAACGGUUUGCGAAACUUUGGGUAAAGCAUGGCCGGAACAGUCAAUCGAAACGCAAACCAAAUACCAGGUGAAGUUUGUCGAAAAAUGCGUACAGUGUUUGAAGUUGAACACUCGACAGGUGCAGAUCUGUUUGCUGCAAGCUUUAGGAAGAUUCCUGGAUAGGUUACAUUUGUUGCGAAAGGACGAGCUCUCGGUGGAAGAAAACAAAGAGAAAAAGGCCAAGGUUGACUCCGAGAACGAUGAAGUACUUCAGAAAGUUUGCAAGACUGUCCUGUCCGCUGUUGUGGAAGUGGCUGGAAUCCCUCACACCGGGCUGAAGAAGGAAGCCCUGAACAUCAUGUUAAUCCUGAUCAACAAACUAAAGGCGAAGGACCCGACCAAGGUGGCCAAAGAGUUGGCAAUGGUUUCGCAGACCUUUGAGCAGAUUGUGGUGCUGCUGCAAAAAGAUGCCGCACCGGAGGUUAAAUGCCGCCUGAAAGAUAUCGAAGAUAAGCUCAAAUAAGAGUGCUCCUUAAGGUGGUAGACUAGGACUAGGUCCUCUCUAUAGGAUUAAACGUGUGCUGUGCGUGGUUUGAAAUCGCUCAACCCCUCCAAUGGGCAGGGUAAAGCUCUCGAUUGAAAUGUGUAGGCAUAUCCCUCACCUUUUUGAACCAUGUGGUUGCGAAACCAGGAAUAAAAACAUACAUUGUGAGAUUGAAA